AUGUUCCGUGCAGCUCAAUCAGUUCGCACAAUCUCCAAGUCGGCUGCUGCCCAUCAAGAUCUUAUUCAGCAGACUUUUGUGAAUAAGAUCAGGGAGAUUGCCAAGAACGCCGGAAACUUGGCCAACUCUGACCCUGCCGUCAAGAAGGCUCUCCAGGACGAGCUCACCAGAUUGGCCACGAAAUUCCAGCUUGCCAGCACUGACGUUGUUGCCAAGCUCCCCACGAACUUUGAGAAGCCUAAGGUACUUUCUUCACAAAGUUUCCAUUAUUUUAAAUCUGCUGAAAUACAAUUUUCGUUGAAUAAGGGGAAGGAACAAAAUAUUACGAUCAGUUUUGUCACAAGACGUUGUUCUGAUUAUGCCUGUUUAAGGCUGCAGUCGUAUUACGGUAAUAUAGAUAGGCUUUUUGGUAGUAAAAUUUGUCCUUUUUGUGACGUAACUUAUCAUGUAAUCUCGAGAAAUGGGUCCUUAACAAAUUGCAAAAAAGAAAAAAAAAAACAAUAAAAAAAUUUCUUAGUUCCAAAACUAACUCCAAAACUGACGGCGAAAUAUAAACCAGCCAAUGUGGCACUGUUUUAAACAGGCGUGAUCAGAACAACGUCUUUUGAAAAGCAGUAAAAGUAAACUGUAUCAAUCAUGAUUUAUAAAGUUUACUUUUACUGUUUUUUCCAUGUUUCAUUUUUUUCGAUGCGAAUAACUCACAAAGUUUCAUUUUUUUAUUCAAAAUCAACAUUCCAUCGAAGAUGUUUCAUUCAUAAUUUUUUUUGUUCAGUUCAUUGCUUUUUAUUUAUAAAUUUUUUUGACUCGUAGUAAUUAUAAAGGCAAAAAGCCAAAAAGCGAGUAGUUUAUAUUUUUCCUCUUACAUACGUUUUUUUAAUGAAAACCUAGUGAUUUGGAAGAAGGAGGACAUGUUCGUGAAAAAGUCUAAUGAAAUGUGAAGUUUCAAAUUAGUUCUUAUCGUUUUUUUAAAAAAAUCAUUUCUUGUUUAAUUAAAAACCUAUGUUCCAUAAUACUCCGAUAAACAAGUUUCAGUUCUAAGGAUAGAAAUAUAUAGGAUUGCUUUCUUUGAUUAUAGAAGGCUAUAAUUUUUCAGUGGUUCACUCUAAUCCAAGUUCUAUUAGCUUCCCAUAUUCUCCCUACAUUUGUUUCGUGAAUUUUUUAGUACUUUUGUGUGAUAAAGAAAACAUUUUUAUUUGAUUUCAUAUUUUUAGUAAAAAUGUUUUGAAUAUAUGUGAAAGUUUUGAUGAAUAAUCUUCAAUCAUUAUUUAUGGUUGACAGGAAAUGUUUAGAUGACGAAGCUCUUUUCAACUAAGACUCUUGCUUUCCAUAUUUUUUUUGUCUCUUUUUUUCGUUCCUGACUUUUGGCUCACGGCCAUUUCCAGUAAAUUAUAAUAGGAACGAUCAUUUUCUUCAAAAUGUAUAUGGAGAAAAUCGAAGAACAAAAUUUAAAACUUUAAUCUCGUGUCCAUGUGCAAAGGUUAUAUGAUUUGUACUUCAAGUUUGCGGGAAAUUUUUGUUUCUAUCCUUUUUUGAAGAUGAAAGAGAGAAAAAUAUGAGUAAAAUAAUUUUUUAGUUUUGAUGAAAAGAAACUUCAAAAAUGUGCCUUGUUCAGGUCGACUCGUCGGUCCAAGCUGCUCUUGAGGGUCAAACGCUGGCUUCGCUCCUGGAACAAGUUAACAAGGAACAGGCCGAGUACGUCUCCCAACGCGACGCCAAACGCGCCAAGGAAGCCGCCCGACUCGCCUCUCUCAAGAAAUAA